AAAGAGAUGGGAAAGCCCAUCACCAGCACCGCUCAUUCCUCUGCUACCUACCUAGAGACUGUACGAAAAGAAGUUUUCACAGCAUCCAACAAUGGCAGUGAAGGUAUACGGCCCAGUCACUGCUGCCUCCAAGCGCGUCCUAGUCUGCCUCAUCGAGAAGGACAUCCCCUUCGAGACCGUCCCCGUCGAUGUCGUCAAUGGCGAGAACAAAUCUCCCGAAUUCCUCAAAUUACAGCCCUUCGGGGUUCUCCCUGUCAUUCAAGAUGGAGAUUACACUUUAUUUGAGUCUCGUGCAAUUAUGAGGUACUAUGCAGAGAAGUACAAGCACCAAGGAACUGAUUUAUUGGGGAAGACAAUAGAGGAAAGGGGACUUGUGGAGCAAUGGCUAGAGGUCGAAGCACACAACUUCCAUUCCCCAGCUUACACUCUAUCAAUCCACACCAUGUUCUACUCCAUAGCACACAUUCAGCCAGACCCUAAGGUGAUUGAAGAGUGUGAACAAAAGCUUACAAAGGUUUUGGACAUAUAUGAGGAGAGGCUGUCAAAGAGCAAGUACUUGGCUGGGGAUUUCUUCAGCCUGGCUGAUCUCUCCCACCUUCCCUUCGCCCAGUUCUUGGUGUAUGACAUGGGGAAGGAGUACAUGAUAAGGAAUAGGAAGCAUGUGAGUGCUUGGUGGGAUGAUAUCAGCAGCAGGCCAUCUUGGGAGAAGGUUCUACAACUUGGUUAAUGAGUCUUUGUUUGGGGAUGGUUUGGUUUUAAUUAAUUAAAUGAUGUAAAAUUAUUUUUAAAAUCUAAGAUUGCAAGUGAUAAGGGCUGCUGAGUGUGGUGUGCUGCUUUACUAUGUCCUCCUUGUGUCAAUGAUGUCCACUAGCUAGGUUAUGGGCUUUGUGGUUUUAUGCCAUGUAUCCUAAAUAUGCACUAAGGGCUCGUUCCCUUUAAGGGCUAGAUGGUACUUUAUAUGUACUUUCUAUUGUGUUUAAAAUAAUUUCGGGUUUGAUCUUA